UAGACAACCUGUAAAGCUCGGUGUCAGCUUAUUGGCUCUUAGGAAACUUAAUUUGAGUGAGGAAAAAAAAAACCUCAUGCAGAACUCUGUAUUUUAUGAUGUUAUAAGCAUACAAAAUAACAAAGAGAGUUCGGCAUUUUUUAUUAAAAUGUUCAGUGAUGUUUACGAACCAACAAAUAGAAGGUUUGUAUUUAACAAAAACGUAUCUUUUUCUUUCUGUGCCCACGAGGUGGCAGAUGUGUUGGGUAUUAAAAAUAGCGGGGUUAAUUUCACCGCCCCUGCUGCAAAAAAUGUUCCUGAAUUUGUUUAUGACCUAAUGAAAGGAUGUGGUUUAGGUAGUUCUAGGAUAAUCUCUACAACAACCAUUAAAAAGCUUUUGAGUCAAAUGGAUGUAAAUGACGACGAAAGUAGAUUUAAUUUUAAGAAACUCUUAUCUUAUUUUUUGAUCGAGAUAUUUUUAAUACCCUCCCCGGAUUCCAAGAAACCGCGUACGUCGGCCUGGGAAAUGGUAGAAGAUCUUGAUGCAUAUGAAGAAGUGAACUGGGCUGAAGCAAUCACUGAUGACCUACAUGUAUCUUUUAAUAAGCUCAAGAACGCAAUGAAAACAGGGUUGGGAAAACAACAUAAAUUUAAAGGGUGUGCGCCAGUUUUCGAGGCGGUUGUGUUUGAGAGAAUACCUUCCUUAAAGCCAAAGCCAUCGUCUUUUCCUUACCCGCCAAUUCAAAAGUAUGAGUCUAAAAGGAAGGAUUGGAAACCGUUAGAAACUAUGGAAGCCUACGAGAUUAUACCAUGUCCAUGGUGUGUGGCAGCCAAGACAGAGGAGAAUAAAAGUUUGACGGAGGAUGUGGCGGCCAAGACGGAGAAGAAUGAAAGUUUGACCGAGAAUGUGGCGGCCGAGAUGGAGAAGAAUGAAAGUUUGACGGUGGAUGUGGCGGCCGAGACGGAAAAGAAUGAAAGUUUGACGGAGGAUGUGGCGGCCGAGACAGCGAAGAAUGAAAGUUUGAAGAAGGAUGUGGCGGCCGAGACAGAAGAGAAUGAAAGUUUGACGGGGAAUGUUGCCUCUUUAUCCUUGGGUGAUGCACUUGCUCUGUCUCCACCUAAGCCUAAAAACCGAAGGAAGUUAGAUCCGCCUCCACCUCAGCCUACAAUACCAAGGAGGUCAUUAAGAAAAAAGACAAUACCUCCUGAGCUCAAAGACUAA